AUGCUGGAGCGACAUAAGUUAGCAUUCGGCUUCGACGAUAGGCUCGGACACCACCCAACUAGAGCGACCAUCCGACUCAAGGAUGGGCAAAAUCCGAUCGCGGUACCUAUGUACGGCACUUCUCCGCAAAAAAAGGCAGUGAUUGAGGAGCAAGUGGCGAAGUGGUUCGAGCAAGGAGUCAUCGAGAAGUCGGCGAGCCCCUGGAGUGCACCCGUCGUAAUAGCUUACCGGAAUGGUAAGGCUCGCUUU